AUGCCCCCUCUUUCACCGGUGGUGAAGGGCAGUCUGUCGAAACUGCCCUUCACCAUGGCGUUGACACAAACCAGAGCUAUAUACAAACUUGUUGGCGUGACCACAAUCGACUACUACGUAGUCACCAAAGCACUCAUCAACAACACGACCUCGCCGCGGAGAAUGGGCCGCGGAGCGUACGACACCACGUACGUCUGCAACGACAAGGACUCGGCGGCGGCCGUCGCCAUCGCGAUGCACUCUGCCAAGGCGGCGGAGGCAGCCAAGAUCGCAGCCGUUGAGGCUGCUGAGUCUGCCGAAGCCAAGCUCAUAAGGAGCAAGAAAUCCCGGGGUAUCCUAGCCGCGCGAAAGACCGCUAAAGAGCAAGCCGCCGCGCAGACGGAUACAUACGAGUCUGAGGGCGACUCGGACAUGACCGAGAAGCCUUGA